ACAAACAAAUUCGCAUCCGUUUCGCAUUUUUCGCAAGUAGCGCCAAAUAUGAAAGUCGACGAAGUCGUUACGGUCGUUUUUCGCUCGACGGUUCUUAUUAACCGACGGAUUUUAAGAGUUCCAUACAAAAGGCGUCGUAAUUGAUGAAAGCGCAUCGCUGAAAUCCGCCGGUUAGCGAGUAGAAAAUUCUGACAGCUCGAAACCGUCACAAGAAAUAAUGUCGUUUUUAUUAUAUUUUUUGAUAAAUUAUUAUUCUAGUUUCGAUCCGUCUACAAUAGAACGGCCUUAUCGAUUUUCUUAUUUAGCGCGCCACUAUAUUUUGUACUUUUUCGAAAGGUCCACGUCCGAGUAUCUAAGCGCUUUCGAAAAACGUUUUACAUUUAUUUUCUCGCAGCGAACGGACGUCGAGCGCGCUAUGGCAAAUUGGUAAUAAUUCAGUUCAUUACGGAGUAAUUUCGAGCUGGAAUAUGGGUUAGCGCUAAGGGAACGACGUGAUAAUGUAUCGCGGUGCAGUGUUAGCUUCGAAGAUGUUUGUUUCGUGACAACCGUGAGCCGAACUAUUUGUUUGUCUAUUAUUUGUGUUCAGUGGAUUAGGUUGUGAAAGUACGGCAGUUUUGUGUUUUUGUGAUCUCGGAUGCCGACAGGUCGUCAGACGUAUGUGUCUGCGUGGGAAACCGAUGACCGAGGACUCCGGAAACCUCCUCCAGUGAGGGUACACCGUGUGCGGCGUCCGCGGCAUGAGCGUGUAGUGCCGCCACCAUGGUGCCGCAGCAGUACUGCCUCCGGUGGAAGCACCACCACAGCAACGUGCAGAGCAUGUUCGCCCAGCUGCUCGAGAACGAGCGGUUCUGCGAUGUGACGCUGUACUGUUCGCCGAGCUUCGGCACGCAGGUGGCCAACAACGACACCGUCGACCCCCACCACAUCCGCGGAGUGUCGCUGCGAGCGCACAGGGUGGUGCUGGCGGCGUGCUCGGAGCUGCUGGGCGCGCUGCUGGGGGCGCACGAGGCGCAGGGCGAGCCGGUGCUGGUGCUGGACGGCGCCGAGCCGCGACACCUGCGGGCGCUCCUCGACUACAUGUACACCGGCGAGAUGAAUGUGCACCAUUCGCAGCUGGCGAGCCUGCUGAAGACGGCGGAGGAGUUGCGCAUCAAGGGGCUGACCGACAUACGGUGGAACAACAAGGACGAGCCGCCCGACUGCGCCAGCGGUGCGGUGACGGCGACAACAAACGACAGAAAGCCGGAGCCGGCGCACCGGCCGGAGCGGACAGACCGGACGGACCGGACGUCGGAGAGCCGCGACCGGCCCGCGCCGGACCGGACUGAAACUGACCCGAGGACGGAGGAGAGCGACGCUGAAGUUAAGGAUAAAGUCAAUGGAGGGCCACCGCCGCUGAUCAAACUGCCGACUAAAGAGAAACUGAGUCCACUCAAAAGGGAAACUUCUGACACUGAAAGCCCGAGUCCGAAGCGACAGCGGCUGACCAGCGCGGUGGAACAUUCCGAAGACGACUCCUCGCAUACCAUGAAAUUGGAUAAGGAACACGAGUGGCGGCAUGGGAAUCUGGAUAUAUCUGCGGAGCGCGUGCUCGGUUGGGGGGAGUGCGGCGAGCGGGCGGAGCGGGGGGAGGGGUCGGAGGGGUCGCACGACGAGGGGGACGACGAGGAGGAGUGGGCGGACCCCCCCGCCGACAUCGGCUCCUUCCUCCACACCAGGCUCCGCGUCGAUGGCGACAACAGCGCUGACGAGGAGUCAGACGAGAGUAUGAUGACGGGCGCCGUCUCCCGCCCGCCCUCCGCCAACAUGAUCGACCUCAAACCGGUGCCGAAGAGCAGCGGCAACACGGACCCGCGGUUCCAGGACGUGGUGAAGCUGAACGACUACCUGCAGCACGGCCGCCGCCCGCAGUUCUGGGAGGAGAGCUACGUCAAACGGGUGAUGGAGGCGGUGAGGCUGAAGGAGCUGGAGAUGAAGCAGGCGGCGGAGAUCCUGGGCGUGAGCUACGGCACGCUGUACGGCCGCUACAGGGACGUGUUCGGCUGCAUCAACAGGCCCUACAGGACCGCGCGCGACUUCUGGCAGGCGAAGGGUCCGUCGGAGAUCCUGGAGCGGCUGCAGAAGGGCGAGCUCAGCCUGGAGGCGGCGUCGUUGGCGCUGGGCGUCAACCCCACCAACCUCGCCGCAUACAUCGCCGACCUUAACGAACGGGAUAACGAGAUGAACGCACUAGACGGCGACGGGAAGGGCAUACGGUCGCGCACCUACAGCGGCGGCUCCAACAAGCGCCGACCGCUCAACAUGCCCACUCCGGACAAGGUGACAAUAAAGAAGAGUGACGACGAGAUGCCGGCGAGCAUGCCAGCGAGCAUGCCGCCCGUCAUGCCGCCCGUCAUGCCGAUGCUGCCCCACCCCACGCCCAGUGGCAAAUGGCCCUCGAUCCGAGUGGCGAGCCUGGACACGCUGCGCGAGGCGGCGGGGGCUGCGGGGGGCGGGGCGGCGGCGGCGGGGGCGCCCUCGCCCUCCCAGCUGAUGCGGACGCGCCCCGACUUGACUAUAGUCGCCGCGCGCCGCGACCGCCCCGACGACACGUGACCGCCCCCGCCCCCUCACCCGCCGCCGCACGCGCGCUGAUCAUGAUGAUGAUCGAGAAAGAGAAGAAAAGAGAGAAGUGUGACUUUGGACAGUGUUAACAAAUUCAGAAACGUCAGAAAAGAGAAGAGAGAAAUGUGACUUUAGAUAGUGUUAAACGCUGGUCGAUUUGAUGAUUAUUGAGGUGUUGUCCAAAGUUAAAAAGUGUUCAGAAAACUCUGAAUCCAGGACAAUUAAUGCGCUGUUUGUGCUUAGUGUGCUUUGGAAGAAUUUAGAGUUGCUAUUUUGAAAAAGGUUUUAUACGAUCCGGACAAGACUUAUACGGUCCAAGUUUAUUUCAGUUUAACCGUGUUUUUGAGACUACAUGGCGUUGGUCGAAAUCAACUAACUGAUUGGUUGGCAAAAUGCAUAUUCUUGCAUGCUUUGCUUUGACGUCUCGCGUAUAGAAAUUAUAAAUGUCGUCUAUUGGGUCCUAGAAACGAAAAAACUUCGAAUGCGUAAUUCGAAUGUAACGUGUUACUAAAAUAUGUAAAUAUAAAUUAAAAACAUAUAAAUAAA